AUGGCCUCCGCGGCCGCCCCGGGCAGGGCGGCUCCGCCGCCCCUCGCCGUCCAGCGCGGCAUCGUCAAGAUGGUGCUGUCGGGCUGCGCCAUCAUCGUCCGUGGGCAGCCCCGAGGCGGGCCGCCCCCCGAGCGCCAGAUCAACCUCAGCAACAUCCGUGCCGGGAACCUCGCUCGCCGUGCCGCUGCGGGCCAGCCGGAUGCCAAGGACACCCCGGAUGAGCCCUGGGGGUUCCCGGCUCGUGAGUUCCUGCGGAAGAAGCUGAUCGGGAAGGAGGUCUGCUUUACCGUGGAGUACAAGACCCCGCAGGGCCGGGAGUACGGGAUGGUGUACUUGGGCAAAGACACGAGCGGUGAGAACAUUGCCGAGUCCCUUGUGGCCGAAGGGCUGGCCUCCCGCCGGGAAGGGAUCCGAGCCAACAACCCCGAGCAGAGCAGGCUGGCAGAGCUGGAGGAGCAGGCCAAAAGCGCCAAGAAGGGGAUGUGGAGUGAGGGGACGGGCUCCCACACCAUCCGGGAUCUCAAGUACACGAUCGAAAACCCCCGGCACUUCGUGGACUCCAUGCACCAGAAGCCAGUCAAUGCCAUCAUAGAGCACGUCCGGGACGGCAGUGUGGUGAGAGCCCUCCUCCUCCCCGAUUACUACCUGGUCACCGUCAUGCUCUCGGGAAUCAAGUGCCCCACGUUCAAGCGGGAGGCGGAUGCCCCCGAAGUCCCCGAGCCGUUUGCAGCUGAAGCGAAGUUCUUCACGGAGUCACGGCUGCUGCAGAGGGAUGUGCAGAUCGUCCUGGAGAGCUGCCACAACCAGAACAUCCUGGGCACCAUCCUGCACCCGAACGGGAACAUCACCGAGCUCUUGCUGAAGGAGGGCUUUGCCCGCUGCGUGGACUGGUCCAUCGCCGUCUACACCCGCGGCGCUGACAAGCUGCGUGCGGCCGAAAGGUUCGCCAAAGAGCGCAAGUUGAGGAUCUGGAGGGACUACGUGGCCCCCACGGCAAACCUGGAUCAGAAGGACAAGCAGUUCGUAGCCAAGGUGAUGCAGGUGCUGAACGCGGACGCUAUCGUGGUGAAGCUGAACUCUGGGGACCACAAAACCAUUCACCUGUCCAGCAUCCGACCCCCCCGGCUGGAGGGGGACAGCACGCAGCGAGGUGUUCGACCAUGCCAACCUGAGCAUCUCUGCCUUCCGCUGCGGGGCUGGCUGGAGCCGGGGAGCGCUUCCCUCCUUCCUCCCCAUCUCUGGGAGGAGGGCUCCUCUGUCCUCUGGCUUGAAGGGAUGCUGGGGUCUGACUCGCGGGGACCCGCAACGUCGGGAUCUGAUGGAGAAGUCCCGGGGACUGAAGUCUUUGGAAAACGCCGCAUUGUUCAUGCACAGUUUGGUCUCCGCUGUACUUGGUUUGAGCAUCUUGCGAGCCAGCAUGCGCUGGACCUUGAGCCCCGCGCUCAGCAGUGACGUGAAAGCACCCAAAAUAAGCUCUGCCGCACGGCCGCAGGUCGCACACUGAGUCCCCUUCACCUCCGCUCAAAGCGCCU